AUGAAGAUCGCAGCUGUUAUGCGAGAUAUUAAUGAUACAUCAAAUAAAAUCAAACGAGAUAUUUUGAUUAAAACAACAAUUAAUACUACAUUACAUCGUUAUAAAGAUUUAGAAAUAAGUAAGAUUGAAUAUCAACUACCCACACCACAAUACCACACAAAUCUUCAUAAAAAUAAUAAUAUAAAUAAGACGCAUCUUGUUGAUUUAUUAUUGGAAGCACACUAUGCAAUGAGUUUUUAUUACAAUUCCAUUAAAAACAUAUUACAGAUGCAUGAUCCAUUUGGAUCAUCAACUAAUGAAUGGUUUAGACACAUUAAAUCUGAUCUAGAACAAAAAGUCAUUUGUUCAUAUCGUAAUGUGCUAAAUGUUUACUCAUCAGAAUGGCCUUUGACUACCGGAAUCAGUCGUAUAAAAUUUUCUUCAAGAGUAUUUAAAAAUUGGCCAUCGAUUCUACAUGAUGCUCAUGCCAUAAUCAUUGCUGAAUUACUGACAGGAUGGGCGAAAAGAAUAGAUCUCGCUAUUACUACUAUUGAACAAAAGUUUCGUUAA